AAUCGAAAGUAAAUCGUCUUUACAGGAGAAAACGGCUAAAGGUUUCUUUUCGCGUAAGCCAAAGGUACCGUAGGUCGGGGUACCGCAUUCUCCGUACACGUUAAACAAAACCACACCGGAGAACUGUGCCGUAAACGUAAGUGAGUGCACCGAGGAGAGACAAGAUCGAAGAUGAUCCCUUUGACAGCCACCACGUGCUUCCUGAUCGCCGUCACUUUCCUGGCACUCGCGCUGAUCCUCCUGGAUUAUCUCCGUUCGAAGAAGACGUCGAAGAACGUGAUCGUCGACGAUGACAGCCACUUGUUGCCGGAACCACCGGGACCGAAACCGUGGCCGAUCCUGGGCUCCCUUCACAUCCUGGGACGCUAUAACGUGCCCUAUAAAGCUUUCGGUGACCUGGUUAAGGAAUACGACUGCGAGGUGAUCAAGCUAAGGAUGGGAUCUGUGCCCUGUGUGGUCGUAAACGGUUUGGAGAACAUCAAAGAGGUGCUGAUCACCAAAGGACACCAUUUCGAUUCCCGGCCGAACUUCGACAGAUAUCAUCUGCUCUUCGGUGGUAACAAGGAGAAUUCUCUGGCGUUCUGCAACUGGUCGGAGGUUCAGAAGACACGAAGAGAAAUGGUUCGAGCGUACACGUUCCCCCGAGCCUUCUCCGCUCGUUAUAACGAGCUGAACGGUAUAAUCAACGACGAGAUGAAGUUCCUGGUCGACCAUCUGGGCUCCCUGUCCAAGAAGGACGUGGACACGAAACCGUUGAUCCUCCACUGUUGCGCCAACAUUUUCCUCACUUAUCUAUGCUCGAAGAACUUCCGGUUCGAGCAUCCCGGUUUCCGUAACAUGGUGGCCAAUUUCGAUCGGGUCUUCUUCGAGGUGAACCAAGGAUACGCGGCUGAUUUCCUGCCGUUCCUAAUGCCCCUUCAUCAUCGUAACAUGGCGAGGAUGGCUCACUGGAGCCACGCGAUACGCAAGUUCAUCAUCGAGAACAUAAUAUCCGAGAGAUUGAACAACUGGAACGGCACGGUACCCGAGAACAAUUACAUGGACUGUCUGAUCAAUCAUGUGAAAACCGACGCGGAGCCGCACAUGUCCUGGAACACCACGUUGUUCGUGCUUGAGGACAUAAUCGGUGGGCACACCGCCAUCGGUAAUCUUCUGGUCAAGGUGCUCGGGUUCCUCGCGACGCGACCGUGGGUUCAGCAGAUCGCGCAACAGGAAAUCGACGCUGUCGGGAUCACGGGACACUACGUCGGCCUGGAGAACAGAGGAUCCUUGCCGUACGUCGAGGCGAUCAUCUUGGAGACCGUUAGAAUAAUCGCCAGUCCUAUCGUGCCGCACGUCGCCAAUCAGGAUAGCUCAAUCGCUGGUUACAGUAUCAAAAAGGACACGUUCAUAUUUCUGAACAACUACGCUCUGAACAUGUCGAACGAGCUGUGGACGUCGCCCGAGGAAUUCAUGCCCGACAGAUUCGUGCAGAACGGCAGGCUGUUAAAGCCGGAACACUUCUUGCCGUUCGGCGGUGGUCGAAGGUCGUGCAUGGGCUACAAGCUGGUACAGUAUCUCAGCUUCUCGAUCGUGGCCACGUUGCUGAAGAACUUCACGAUAGUGCCGGUGGAGAAGGAGGAUUACACGAUCCCUAUCGGCAAUCUGGCCCUGCCCGAGAUCACCUUCAAGUUCCGUUUCGAGAGACGGUAGGGCAGCGAACGGCGGCGAAGGUUCGCCAGGAAGAUUAAAAGGGCCGACUCGACGAGUCCGGUUGCUUUUCACCGAAUGCUGCGAACGAGCUAAGCUCACCGGCGACUUAUUGGACGAUAAGGUUCUUUUUUUUUUUUUUUUGAAUUUA